AUGCAAAUGGUUUUCUUGCUGGUCCAGAACCUCCAGAUAGCAGAGAGUAUCUCGCCUGACGACAUUGCUACUGAAUUUGCGGCUCUCAAAGAGUUGAAGAGGACCGAAGAAGAUGAGAGCUUUGACAAAGUUGAAGUGCUCGAGGGAAAUGGUGUUGAUUUUGGCGAGUUGUAUCCGGUCGAACAAGGAAUAAUUCCACAGGCCAUUCUAGUUGAGAGUUUUGCCGCGGCAAUCUCGGAUAAUAGGGGAACUCACACCUGGGAGCUUACGGUUUAUGCUUAUCCGUGCUUGAGCUUACACCCCCCAAUACUAUCUGAUUUGUAUAUGGGUAUAAACAAACCAAAAUACAUUACAUGCGCUGCCGCGUCCAGUAUAGUCGGUGAGCGCUGUGACCGCCAAUGUCGAGCGUUCUGCCAGUGGAUUAUUGAUCGUCCGAGUCUCGUUAGCGUCAUGAGAAAGAAGGACCCUACACCCCCUCCUAUUCCCGAUGUCCACUGGUCCGUGGAUAUGACAUGGACCUUGCUGUCAGAGGUCGAGAAAGACGAGAACAGGCUUGUUUUACUGGGGAAGCGGGACAAGAAGGAAGAUAUUCUGGACAAGUCCCCUGGCUGUAUACCCUUCCAAUUUUUCAACUCUCUUCAAUACACUCGUUCACCAUGUGACUCCUUUUACACUUGCUUUUAUGCUUUUAUGGUUAGUUUUAAUGCUAGUUCACAGAUGUUUAGAUUUAGUUUAAUUAGUUACAUCUGUUGAAAUGCUAGUAGUUCUUCGACCAGGAGCACCGCAGCCUCUUUGGGGGAUAAUUCUGGAUUUGCCAGGUUACGGAGAACCAUUGUCAACAUAUAUGCGUGUAGAUACUGCUCAGUGCUCAUGGAGAGAAAUUUGUGCCAUCUUCGCUUGCAAGUUGUUAAUUG